AUGUAUAUAAUAAUCCAGAUCAAUUAUUAUUUUAAGAGUUAUUAUAAUAAUCCAGGGGAUGGAAUAUCCGAAUAUUACGCAAAUGCCGCACCUAAUUAUACUGUGCACUUCGUCAAGCCUGAUCCUAUAGAUUAUGAUUGCGGUUCUUCUAUCCUGAUACAACCAUUUGAUCCUACCACUCCGAAAACUGAAGCACUGCCUUCCCCACAACCUCACCUUUCUAAGCGGCAAGUUGUUCCUGAGUCCCAUCACAACCCUGGUGCAGUGUCUAGUGUCGGGGCUGUAGAUGCUCCUCAGUAUGUUAUCAAACAUGACGGGGUCUACCUUCUAGUUGUCCUCAUCAGUUUAGUAGAUCAGGAGAUUCAAGAUCAGAUUAAUCCAAGUCAGCAGACCUUUCAUGCAUCACUUCAAGUCAGGUUUCUAUCUCCGACUGCUGGUUACCUAUCCCUGACUGACUGGCCGAUGCUCCCCUUCUACGGCCUCAUGUGCGGAGUCUACGUUGUGCUCGGCCUCCUCUGGUUGAUCUUCUGCUCUAUCCACUGGAGGGACAUCCUCCGAUUGCAGUUCUGGAUCGGAGGCGUUAUAUUCCUGGGGAUGGUUGAGAAAGCAAUGUUUACCUCCGAAUAUCAGAAUAUUAAUAAUAAUGGGGAGGCAACACAAGGUUUAAUAAUCAGUGCUGAACUUAUCUCCUGUAUGAAGAGAACCCUGGCCCGUAUGUUGGUGAUUAUAGUUAGCCUGGGAUAUGGUAUAGUUAAACCUCGUCUUGGUCCUACACUCAACCGUGUGGUUGCCACAGGUGGACUCUACUGUAUCUUGGCUAGUAUUGAGUCUGUAACUAGGGUUAUCUAUCCUAAGAACGAUCCUAGUAAUAUAACCUUGAUGUCCGCUGUCCCCCUGGCGGUGAUAGAUGCAUCUAUUUGCUGGUGGGUGUUCAGCGCUCUCAUACAGACAACUAGAGCACUGAGGCUCAGGAGGAAUCUGGUCAAACUUUCAGUUUAUAAGCAUUUCACGAACACCCUCGCAUUUGCUGUUCUGUCCAGUAUUAUCUUCAUGAUCUGGAGUAUCAAAUAUCAUAAGGUUGUAGAAUGUUUAACAGACUGGAAAGAUCUCUGGGUGGAUGAAGCUUUCUGGCAUCUUCUCUUCUCAGGAAUACAUUUAUAUAUUCUUUAUUUAUCAAAAAAAAAGACAUUCGUAAUUCGUAUAUAUAUGUUCCCUAUAGCCGGCCAAACGGCUNAAACUUUUCCAGGAGAUGAUGAUUAUUCUUCUGAUGAAGAGAUAUUGUAUAAUGAUGCCUGGGAGGGGAUGAAGAUGAGAGGAAAGGGAUCUUCCAGACCUGAUACCCCCUCAGGUGCUGACCCUGAAGAGGAUCCUCUGGCCUGGGUUGAGGAGAAUAUUGCAGGAGUUGAGCCUGCUCUUCCUGCUCUAGACUCGGAGGAGGAGAUUGAGAAUACAAAGCUUGAGAUUUCUAAGCUAAUGUAAACAUGACUGUUUGUAAACAAUGCAGUACAGUUUAAAAUUCUACAUGUAUUCUCUGCAGUACAGCUAGAAAUCCUACGUAAAGGCAUUUUUGUAAAGCUGUAAACAAUGCAGUACUGUUUAUAAGUCGACAUUUAAACAAAACAGUACAACAUCUUAGAUACAGAUAUUGCAGUACAGUUUAGAAUCUUAGAUAUUGCAGUACAGUUCAGAACCAUAACUGUAAACAUCGUUGUUGUUUUCGUAUCGUAUGUGAACACGGAAAAUAUUUGAUGUAAAACUACUGUACACAUUACAAUUACUGUACUGUAUAUUGUACACCACAAAUCCGUUUGUACACUGUAUAAAUAGCAGUACGUUAUUUUGUUUUAAAAGUUUUGCAGUGAAAUUCAGGUUUUUUUCAUAUUUCGCAAAAAAAA